AUGGCAGAAUACCAUGGCUUAUCACAAAUAUUCACUACCACAGAAGCAUCACUUUACAACAACUUAUUCAAAUCACAAAAUCCACCUUUUCACUCUCCAACAGCCCUAAUCUUAGAAAUAUCUCCCAACCCUUUCCCUCAUACUACUACUACUACUACAAAUUUCGUCCCUAUAAUCAAAAACAAUUACAAUUUUAAUACGUUAGAAACAUUGGACCAUGAACUCGAGAGUUAUAGGUCAAAAAUUAUUGGUCAUGAUGAUGUUUAUGUAGCGGGACAUGUACUUGUUUAUCCUAGCUACAAUGGUUUUUUUGAGAAACCUGGAUUGUUUUUAGACCAAAUGUUUGUGAGGAAGUGUUAUAGAGGGAUGAAGUUUGGUAAAUUGUUGUUUUCCACUGUUGCAAUGCAAGCUGAGAAAAUGGGGAUGGGGAUGGUGGAUUGGCUUGUGGCUGAUUGGAAUGAAGAAACUAUUAAUUUCUAUGAGAAAAUGGGAGCUCAUUAUAUUCCUGACUAUAGGCUUUGUAAAUUAUAUGGUGAUCAACUUCAAGCAUUUGGUAAGAAAUCUGAUUAUGAGCCGAGGAUUUAUCGGGAAUAA